GAGGGAACGGCUCUCCAGAAUGGAUCUCGUCAAGAAAACAGGGCCAUUGGUGAUAUUAUUGGCUCUGCAACUAGUGCUCGGUGAAGAAGUGGCCCGAUAUGAUAACUAUAAAGUGUAUCAAGUGACCGCUAGGACCAAACAACAACUGGAAACGUUAAAUGAUAUCCAAAUGAACAGUGAUGCCUACAUAUUCCUGGAAAGUGGCCACAAGGCUGGCGAUAAAUUCACCAUCGUUGUGCCGCCCCACAAGUUGGCUGAUUUUGCUGAGACCUUGGAAAACGAGAAAAUUUGUGGGUGGGUCAUCAAUUCGAACGUGCAACAAUCUAUUGACGACGAACGAAAUCGGAUGCAAUCGAAGCGGUUGAAGGGUGUGUUCGAUUGGACGGAGUAUCACGAUCUGGGGGAAAUCCACGCGUGGUUGGAUAAGUUAGCUGCGGAAUAUAAGGAAGUGGAAUUAGUUGAAGGAGGGCGAUCGUAUGAAAAUCGAUCGAUAAAAGGAGUGAAAUUGUCAUACAAACCCGGAAAUCCUGGAAUUUUCAUUGAGGGGGGCAUUCAUGCUCGCGAAUGGAUUUCUCCCGCAACGGUCACUUACAUUUUGAACGAGUUACUCACCAGCCAGGACAGCAGUGUGAGAAAAACAGCGGAAAGUUAUGAUUGGUAUAUUUUCCCCAGUGUGAACCCCGACGGCUAUGUUUACACUCACCGGAGAAAUCGGUACUGGCGAAAAACUAGAACUCGUUAUCCUGCCGGAUGCUUCGGGGCGGAUCCUAAUCGAAAUUGGGACUUCUAUUGGGCAGUAGCAGGAGCGAGCAAGCGUUGUUAUGCCGAAUCGUAUGCAGGACCAAAACCGUUCUCGGAAAUCGAAACGAAAAGCCUUUCAGAGUACAUAAAUUCCCUCAGUGGAAAAAUCCAAGCUUACAUCGCAUUCCAUUCAUAUUCGCAACUUCUUCUGUUCCCGUACGGCCAUACAAGCGAACAUACACCGAAUCAUGACGACUUGAAUGACAUUGCGAAUGCGACCGUCACGUCACUUGCAAAGCGGUAUGGAACCGAAUAUCGUUAUGGGAACAUCUACGAUGCUAUCUACCCGGCCAGCGGAAGCAGUAGUGAGUGGGCCUACGGAGCUCAGAAUGUGCGAUUGUCCUAUACUUAUGAAUUACGACCCAUGGGUGGAUACAACGGUUUUGUGCUCCCCCCAGAGCAGAUUAUACCGACCGGUGAAGAGACUCUUGAUUCCUUGGUGACUUUACUCGAGGAAUCAGAAAAACGAAACUAUUUUAAGAUGUAAGAGUUAAAACAUAAGAAACUGUUAUGGUUCAAAAGUACAAUUAACAAUAAAGAGAAUUAUGAAUAAACUAUUUUCUUACAAUUUACAAUUUCUUACAAACGUACUAGGUAUGAUCACUUACGCAGGCAGGUCGGUGAUGUUUGCGUCAACACACAAGUAAAAAAUGCAAUGAAUAGUUCCUUUCCUUAUCUAACGUUAAAGUUCUCCAUCCUGCCAAAUCCCGCCAAAUUUCAUAUUUCAAAACAUUUCGAAUACCUAAAUUAAAUAUGUUAGAAUAUUUCCACUAACUCAAAUUGUUUUGAGUUGUGACUGUUUUGAACCGGCUGCUUGUCAGAUUGAUUGCAUCAGUAUCUGCAUCAGUGACUGCAAAUUAAUCACCAGAAGACAUAAUCAGCUCAUGCAAAUAAGAACGU